AUGACUAAAAGAAAGAAGAAUCGAAAGAAAACACAUCCAUGGAGAAAAAAGCAAUCAGUUAAUGCCUUCCGCAGCCCAUCGAGAAACAAUGACAGCCAAUCACAAGGUGCAGCUGGUGCGAAGAAAAAGGCUGAAUACACGAUGGUUCGAGUGGAUUACAAAGAACGUCGUUUGGACGAGUUUAUAUCCUCCUCUACUGCUUCAGCGUCUUCAUCCUCAGUAGAAAUGGUUGAGAUUACUGGCAGUCAGGAUAGCGGAGGUUGUGAGAUCAAGAGAAACAGCAAUCCUGGAAUAGUAUAA